AUGGCGCCGUCCUUCGACCACCUGCGCGAGGCCGACCUCGACGAUGACGAGUUCAACGAGGAUGAGAUCGACAUCUCGGAUCUGCGGGAGAAGUUCGAGGUGCAGCUGGAGAUGGGCUACGACACGUUCGUCGUGAUCGACGGCCUGCCCGAGGUCACCGAGGACCAGAAGCCGAAGCUGGUCAAGUUCUUGCUGAAGAAGCUCAACACGGUUGGAAAGACGCGGGAGGACUCGAUAUACAUGCCCAUGGGCGAGGACGGAAAGUCUCUUCGCUUUGCCUUUGUCGAGUACUCCUCCCCUGCCGAGGCCGCCGCUGCCACCCGCCAGCUCGACCUGGUUCCUCUCGACAAGAAGCACACCCUCCGUGUCAACAAGAUGACCGAUAUCGAGCGCUACGGUGGCGAGGGCCGCGUCGACGAGACCUACCAACCCCCUCACAUCGACGAGUUCACUGAGAAGGAGCACCUUCGAUGGUGGCUUAAGGACCCCUCGGGCCGCGGCCGUGAUCAGUUCGUCAUGUACCGCGGCGAGACUGUCGGCGUCUUCUGGAACAACGACCGCGAGCCGCCGGAGAACAUUGUUGACCGCCAGCACUGGACCGAGACCUUCCUGCAGUGGUCUCCUCUCGGCACCUACCUGACCUCUAUCCACGCACAAGGCGUCCAGCUCUGGGGUGGUCAGUCCUGGUCGAGACAGGCGCGUUUCGCACACCCCUUCGUCAACCUCGUCGCUUUCUCUCCUACCGAAAGGUACUUGGUCACCUGGUCAAACAGGCCGAUCUCAAUCCCCGACUCUGGUCACCCGUCUCUCUCGAUUGACGACGACGGCAAGAACUAUGUCAUCUGGGACAUCGCGACGGGCACGCCUCUGCGUUCGUUUGCCAACCUGGAUCUCCCCAAGCCCGAGGAGGGAAAGCCCCAACCCAAGCUCCAGUGGCCCGCUUUCAAGUGGUCGGCCGACGACAAGUACGUCGCCCGCCUGAACCAGGGCUCUUCCAUCUCCGUCUACGAGCUGCCGCGGAUGAACCUCGUCGACAAGACGAGCAUCAAGAUUGAGGGUGUCAUGGACUUUGACUGGGCGCCGGCGACGCCUCAGCGCGACGGUGUCAAGACGUACGAGCAGCUCAUCUGCUUCUGGACGCCCGAGAUGGGCAGCAACCCCGCCAAGGUCGGCCUGAUGAGCAUCCCCUCAAAGCAGAUUGUGCGAACCCUCAACCUCUUCAGCGUCAGCGACGUCAAGCUGCACUGGCAGUCCGAGGCCACGUACCUCUGCGUCAAGGUCGACCGCCACUCCAAGUCCAAGAAGUCGCAAGCCACGACGCUGGAGAUCUUCCGCGUUAAGGAAAAGGGCGUACCCGUCGAGGUUGUCGACACCAUCAAGGACACAGUCAUUAACUUUGCCUGGGAGCCCAAGGGCGACCGCUUCGCCAUCAUCACCACAACAGAGCCUGUGGGCGUGACCGCCGUGCCGCCCAAGACGGCCGUCGCCUUCUUUUGCCCGGAAAAGACCAAGGGGCCCAUCGCGGGCAACUUCAAGCACCUCCGGACGCUGGAGAAGAAGAACAGCAACGCCAUCUACUGGUCGCCCCGGGGACGGUUCGUCGUCAUUGCUACCAUCGCCAACCAGCAGAGCUCCGACCUCGACUUCUUCGACCUCGAUUUCGAGGGUGAGAAGCCCGAGUCGGACAAGGACCUCACUGCCAACCUGCAGCUGAUGAACACGGCGGAUCACUACGGCAUCACGGACCUCGAGUGGGACCCGUCGGGCCGAUUCGUGGCCACCUGGGCGUCUGCGUGGAAGCACUCGAUGGAGAACGGCUACCACAUCUACGACUUCAAGGGCGAGGCGCUGCGCGAGGAGCCCAUUGACAAGUUCAAGCAGUUCCAGUGGCGGCCCCGCCCGGCGACGCUGCUGACCAAGGAGGAGCAGAAGCAGAUCCGCAAGAACCUGCGCGAGUACAGCCGGGUGUUUGAGCAGGAGGACGCCGACCGCGGAGCGUCUGCGGACCUGGCGGUGGUGGAGGCGCGCCGGCGCAUGCUGGAGGAGUGGCACGCGUGGCGCGCCGAGGUGGAGGAGGACUUGGCGGAGGAGCGGGCGGCGCUCGGCCUGCCGGCAGACCCGCAUGCGGCGCUGCUCGAGGCGAAGACGAAGGAGAUGGAGGGCUCGGGAGCGGGUGCCGAGCAGGACCGGGUCAUCGAGGAGAUUGUGGAGGACGUGUUGGAAGAGAGCGAGGAGGUGCUCGGGUAG